CGAGUAUAGUGGCUUUACAACUCAUUCCCAUUGCUUUUUUGACUCCAUGCAACUAGAUAUAUUUUACGUAGGCGAGCGUUUCUGCAAAAUCUUCAAUUUAUACACCGAUUCGUAUUUUGAGAUUAUAUUAUAGGAGUCUAAAAAAAGAUGAGCGACAUUCCGAUAAAAACUGCACCUGAAGAUGCGCCAUUCCCUUUGACAGAAGUGGAUAAGUGGGUAUUAUCGUUGACUGAUGAGGAAUACCAAUAUCAUGACUGGGAAGAGAUGAAAAAGAUCAUAGGCGAGAAUAAUCUUUCUGUUUUAAAACGAAAGCCUUCUGAUUUGCGGCGGUAUAUGAAGUGGACUGCCGAGACCAAGGCGGUAUAUGGAUCCAUGACAAAUUAUCUCAUGAGGCACCGGCUCCCGAAGACUUGGGGUUCCCCUCCUUUCAAACCGGCAUCAACUAUUCCAUUCGACAACCCAUCUGAUUAUAGAGUCUUGAUCAAUGACUGGCCCUAUGGGUUUACACCAAACCUGACCCACAUAGUUGUCUGGUCAAGAACAACGAUUGAAACGGACUCAGAAACCGGGGACAUGACACCUGAAAGUCGCUGCGCCGUUGCGGAUUUCAUACAGAGAUUUUUCAUUGAUAGGCUAGGUCCUGGUGGGGAUGAGAAAGUCUUAUGGUUUAAGAAUUGGGUUGCAUUGCAAAGUGUCAGGGCCCUUGAACACAUUCAUGUCAUAGUUAGGGAUGUUGAGAAGAGUAUCUUGGAUGAGUGGACAAACGAGCUCGAGUGCCAUAGACUACCGAACUAGGCGACCCAUGUGUAGGCGGGUGCAAGUAUACACACACAUAGACAUGAGGAUUUGCUCUUCCCUAUUCAUAUAGAUUUGGCCGACAUGUAUUGUUGCUAUACUCAGGCCGCUCGUCUCUGUCUCCUGUUACCCGCCGCUGGCACAGCAGCAUCUGGCUGCUGUCCUUGCAUACCCGCCAUCCCACGAGCUGCACCAAGAAGACCGUACCCUUUGUAAGCCCCAUAAGCAGGUACAACGGCCCAGAGGAGCCAUCCCCAGUUUCCAAAGAGUAUGGCAAAGACCACAGAUGCCCAAGUAACCCAAAUAACAUCAAACAUAUACUCGGUGAGACCUGGCGCAGAUAGAUCUUCACCAGCAUUCUGAAGCGACUUUGUUGAUGGAUCGUAUUUAGGUCGGCCUGAUGAUUCUAAGACAUACUCGCAAACGAAACUGGGAAUCGACAAGAUGACGUAAACUAAUAUCGACCGUUUCCUGAAUAAAAAGUGAAAGAGUACGAACAGCACAUUAAUAAUGAGUGUGCCCAUGUGAAGAUUAGUUAGAGCGACCGCAUUGGCUUUUGCUCGAUCCUUGCGUGCUUUUUGUGCCAUUGUGACGUCUUUUUAUCGGGUUGAGGCGUGCCUUGUUGUGUCGUCAAUUAAGCUGUAAGAGGGAGAAUGUAGGCGCCUUGAUUUGGUGACGAAACGCAGGUGGAAAAGAAAAUAGUGUGGCGUAUAAAACGAGGC